AGAUGACAUGGGUUGAUGUGUUUGCUGCCUGUUACCUGAGUCAGCUCAGCUCUCACCAUGAAGGCUCCUUGGAAGCAGUACCUCGACUCAAAAGUCUAGUCGAAAAAGUUGUUAAACUUCCCAAGAUUGAGAAGUGGAUUAGAGAACGUCCAGAUACCCCGAUGUAAAAUGUAUAUCGUAAGCUGAUAUGUCUUCAUAUUACAAUAAUGAUUUACUGAGCUUAAUACAUUAUUUUUUUGAAGACAAAUGACCACUUCAUUAUUGUGUGUGUCUUAAACAGUAAGACAUUCUGAGUAAGUUUAUUUUAUUUUAAGAUUUGGGAAUUUGUUCCAAAAAUAAAGAGGAAUUUAUUUAAUUCUAGUAUUAAUAUUUUUAUUAUAAUAAUUUAGAAAGCCAGAAUCUCAUACACCAUAACACUAUAUAACCGAUAUUUUAUUUUCUGUUUAUAAGGCAUGGUAUACUGUGCUUGUGUUAGGGACAGGAAGCCCUUGGCUUAGUGAUGUCCCUCUACCCAUAAGUAAAGCUGAGUCCACUUGGAUGAUUGAUGGUAAAAAGAAAGAAGUCAAAGAUUCAGGUGUUAGUGGAUAAUAAUAUACCGACCAUUAUGAUCUGCAGUACUGUAUUCAACUUCUGUUAAUUAUUCAAUUCAAUUCAAGUUUAUUCUCUAUAAUGGUUACAAUGUGGGGUUUACAGGUUUUGGGUAUUUUGUGGUUUACAUGUUAUAAAAUACUAAUUACAGAAGGAGCCACUAGGACACCUAGCAUGGCUAGGCAUUUUGAAAGUGCUAAACCAACUUAGUCAAGAAAUCAAUCAAACUGAAAUUUAUGAAAUAGUAACUUUUAGAGUAAGAAGCCAAGACUGGCUAUCUUUGAAAUAAAUUGCACUAUGAACCAGCUAUAUUAGAUUAUGAUAAACAUUUCUUAUAUUCUUGGGGAAAGAAAUGAAGAUAUAAGCUGGAUAUCCUACAUCAUAACAGUACUAAUGUCCAGCUGAUGUUUGAAUUAAUUGCAGUAUAAAGAUAAUUAACUUAUUUUCUGUAUUAAAGUGGGUUGAGUCUGACUGAUUAAUGCUUAUUGCAAGCUCCAGAGAAGGUUAAGAAAGUUUAUUCAGGUAUACACGAAAACAGUUACAUAUAUAGCAGCAUAUGUGUAAAGAACCUAGGAUAACCCAAAAAAGUCAGACAAAAUGGCUUAUUUCCAUUGAAGCUGCCUCUACAUAUUAGUCAUGACAAAAAAAAAAUAAAAGUAAAAUUCAUUAAAAAUAACAAAUGCUAUUCACUAUGGCAUAUCUGUAACUAGAUUUUGUCAGAAUGGAGCAAUGCUUCCAUAGCAUAUGUAUAAUAAAUCAGUAAUUUGUAUAUUUUAUAAUAGGAUAUUUGGUUUGCCAUAUUAUUCACAUAUCAAAAGCAUACAAGUGCACAAAAUUAGGUGAGGAUAAAAAUAUCACAAUGAGCAAAGCAAAUAUGAACUCAACAAAUAUAUCAACACCUCACAGAAGGUAGUAUUGUUGUUAUUAUGGCACCAUAACAUGGAUAUUUUUAAUAAAAAUUUAAAAUGUACAUUAGUCCAAUAUAACCCUAUAUGUACAAAUAUCAAUGCUGAUUUUAUGGAAUACUGACUCUAUGGUUUAAACAGUUUAAAUGGUUCCUAAACAAAUCCAAAAAAUUCUUUAUCUUGCUUGCAUAAUUUUUUCUCUGGCAUACAAAGAGGAAGUCACAUUUCUAUAGGAGAUUGAACACAAACAUUUUUUCAAAUUUAGUUCCAAAUCAAACAUUUAUUCGUGUACAUAUGCUAAAAUUAAAUUGUUCGAAGGCUGAAUUAAGUGAUAAACGGCCAAAAGUUUAUUUUCCAGUGUUUUGGAAAAUUAUAUAGCAUAGUGCAUUUGUUUUAUAAGACAGACUCAGAUAUCAAUAAUCUCAUAUAUACACAGUUAAAAGUGCAAAAAACAUACAUGGUGCUGUAAUUACAGUAAUUUGUAUACUUGAUGAAUAAAAGAGGUACUGUAUUUGAAUAUUAUGCAGACUGUUGCUCAGCUUCAUCAAAAUUAAGUUUGUUUUGUAACACUGAACUGUACUGCAUUAAUGAAGGUAAGUCACAGUACUGUCUAAGAAACAAUUUACAACAAACUUACUAACUGAAGGCAAAACGAAAUGACAUUUGUUUCUCCUGGAGCAUUAUCACUAAUAAGUUGACAACUGUUAUAGAUGAACCAAAACAUCAUCUGGUUUCAUUUCCAAUAUACGGGGUUGUUGUGUACUACUUCAAUUAUGUCUUAAGUCUUCGGUCAAAAAGCAAAGAAAAACAGAGUUAUCUUCAUAUCUGUAUUUCUAAAAGUAAUCAGUUGUGUACAGUAAUGAUAGUUUUUCCAUGUCUUUGAGUACAUAGUACAAUACUAUAUUAUAAUAUCCAAUUCUAAAACUUUUGGCUAAACCUAACUUUAUUAUGUUUGAUUUAUUUUACAGUAAUGUGAUGGAACUAUUUAAAUGUGAGAAACACUAAGAAUACUUUUGAGAUAUUUUUCAUUUUAUUACCAGAAAACAUUACUAGCAGCAAGUGUCAAGGCUUUUGUGUACGUCUCAAGUCUCCCUGGGUAAAGAAUAGCAGAAUUUGUUUUUAUAAUGACCUAGCAUGACCCACCAAUCCUACUUACCAUGUGUAAUGUUAGAACAGCUCUGUGUAUUGCCGCAGCCAAGUCAGCUCAAAUUUGAAUAGGAUCCAUCCUUUAUCUUAGAUGGAGUAAAAAAUAAAAUUUAAGUACUGUACCCAUUAAAGAUUGUGAUCUAAGAAAGAAGGAUGUCCUAUGAUAAAUGUUUUUGUGAAGCAGGUGGUUAAGGAAUUUCUGCCAGCCUUUUUCCAGACAAAAUGAAAGUCAUAUGAAUUACUGAGAAAUUUCUGUAUCAGAUUUUAUGUUUGAUGUAGUGCUUUAAUCAGAUAUAGUGUGUUUUAUGGAAAAAAUACAGAUCGGUGUAGUGCUUUUAUAGGAGUGAUAGAGUUAAUUGAUGGUAAUUAUCAUAAUUGUGCUUUUUACUUUGAGCCGACAGGUAUUAUAUGUUAUGUAUGUGCAUUAUUACUUAAUAAGUGACAAAUGUGUCCAUAUUCCCUAUUAACUUGACAGUUAUCACAACUGCUUCUGGUAUGCAAAAUUAAAACUUGCUUUAUUUUGAGCAAAUAGAAAAAUGCAAACAUUUCCUAGUUAUAAAAUGAGAUACAAAAAAAAAUGAACUACAUAUUUUAGUGUGACAUAGUAUAUAUUGCCAAUAUUGGUGGAUAACUGACAUUCUUGGCACAAUGCAUGCCCAUUUCAAGAAGCAUUAUCAUGUAUAAAGCAUAGUUGCAAAAAGCUCAGUAGAUUUUAUUGUGAAAUAACUUGUACAGUACUAUAGGAAUCCAGCAUGUGCUCAGCCUGUGAAUAGAAACCAGUUUAGUUAAAUCUGCCCUCUGAAAUUCUAUGACACUUCAGUUUUUUAAAUAUCAAAGGUAAUUUAUUUUUACAUUAAAAUAGGUGUAUUAUCACCUGUAACUUCAAUCGAAUUUUAGAGAUGUCUCUGAGUAAAAUAUAAACUUAAAGCAUUAUUGAUUAAUGUAAUUGAACCUGCAGCUUGCUGGCUAUUUGUUGUGAAUAUUUUUAUACUCAAAAAUGUCAUUAUGAAUAGUGCCACACAGACUGAACUUGAACAAGGCAUUUUUUUUGUGACCUAUAAGCGCCAAUUCAUCAUGUGUGUGUGUUACACAUGCAGUGACUCUAGCCCUUACACUGCUUGAGGGCAGAUUUUUUGUUAUACAGUAGCAGUUAUUAAAGCCUGUAAUAUAUCACUGUUAAUAUUAUCAUAGGAUAGGUAAGGUUAGCUAAAUCUAAACAGAGAAAUAGUAUAAAAUUUGCUUGGAAAAUUAUAUCCUGUAGGGAGGAGCAGGGGUGGUUCAGACAACUGAACAAUUUGGACAGACAAUUUCCUUAAAAAAAGGGUCUUGUGCUAUCAAGACUCAACUUUAAUGAGUGUUGUGAGGAUGGCAUUGCUCAUCCAAAGAAUGUGUCUAGCUAUAAUUUUGCUUAAAAUUGCAAUUUCAUUGGAACUUUUAAGUGGUCAUUAAUUAGGUCUGGCACUGUAAAUACAGUUUAGAAAAUAUGCCAAAACAGUGUAAUAUUAAUGCAUUGCAAAGGACUCUGCAUUUUUUAUCUUGUGCAAAUACUGAAAAGCAGUGUUUUUUAUGAUUAUAAGUCAACAUAUAGACACAAGGGAUGGGAUGAUCUGGAUACCCAUCUCAAUCAUUCUGUUGUUAUAUAUAAACUGCUGAUGUUUUGUUUGGAUUAUAACAACUUAGAGGUUGUAAUGGGAAAAAAUGGGUGAGAAGCAAGGGUAAUACCUAACAACUUGAGUAAUGCAUAAUAUGUAUUAAAACUGUGUGGUCUAACCCCACAAGUGGGCUGAAAUUGGUCAGUGAUAUGAAAAUUUCUAUCUCCAUACAGAAAAUAGCCAAAAUAUGUAUCCACACUAUGAAGAAACCCAAAUGCAUCUGUCUGCCAAGUCUGAUUUUACAAAAAUACCUUUGUAAUAGAUGUCUGAACCGCCCCGUCCAUCUCUCUGUAUCUCUUUGUGAAUUUGCACAACAUUUUUAUUUAGUAACUGAUAAUCCAGUACGUACUUAAUUUUUCAUUCAAGACGUAGCAAAGCAUGUAAAGUUCAUAUUAUUAAUUAAAAAGCUGCUACAAUAGGAGUAAAAAACCUUUAUUCUUAAGACCUCUUUUGGAAUUUUUACUUUUACAAAUUUAUGUACAAUAUAGUAUAUUCUUGGUCAUAAGUCAACCAUUUUUCAAAACAGACUUUGCCCUAAAAUCUACCUUUGACUUGUGGUCUUGAUAUAUAAAAUAUUUUGCCAAUACAGUAACUAAAAAAAAAAAUCCGGAACAUACAGAACAUGUAGCAAUACAGCAGAAACUUUGACAGUGUAUUGUACUGUGCCCUUCUCAAGUACCUGUGUGUUUUCAUAUUGUAUUUUCUCUCAUUCUCAUUAAAAUAUUUAUUUACUCCAAGUGUCUUUGUUUACUUAUUUUUUUUAACAUACGAGAAAUCUUUAAUAAGCACUGUAAGAAAGGUGGCAAAUAUCAGAACAUUCACAAUGAUACAAGUUUUGUACACACACAUGUUGAUUUUGAAGUGGCAUGUUCAUCUCUGUAUUAUGCUUUUAUAUUCAACAUUUCACAUCUUUUUUGAGGUAACCUUUAUGAUUUGUGAUCAUGCUCUGUUUUGGAAAAAUGUCAAAGAAAAAAAAUACCAGUAAAGCCUAAAGUAUUGAA